AUGUCGAGCGUAGCGAACGCGACGCGACCCCACACGGCGCCGCGCAUGGGUAGAAACAAGGCAAAGACGGGCAAAGACCGCGCGUACGUCACCGCGAGCGAGUGGGCGAACGAGGGGGGGGGGAAGCGGCGCGAUGGAAGCGCGGCGGCGCCGUUUCGACGAUUGCCGUUUGACCGGUGUGCGAUUUCAUUUUUGCCGUUUGAAAACGCGGUGUGCGCGCCGGAUGGGAGCGUGUUCGACGUCUCGCGCGCGGUGCCGUACGUGAUGAAACAUAAACGACAUCCCGUGAGCGGUGAAGCGCUGGAGGUGCGGGAUUUGAUCGCGCUGAGAUGGUAUAAGAAUGCAGACGGCGCGUACGAGUGCCCGGUGAUGAAGAAGACGUUUACGGAUUCGACGCGGAUUGUGUGCGUGCGAACGACCGGGAACGUGUACUGCGCGGAAGCGAUUGAGGAGUUGUGCGUCAAGGCGAAGAAUUGGAAAGAUUUGUUGACGGAGGAACCGUUUAAGAGGUCAGACGUGAUAACGCUGCAGGACCCGUUGGAUUUGAAGUCGAGGACGUUGGAGGCGUUCGAUCACGUCAAACGUGGGAUCGAGACGAAGAAUCUCGGUCGGGAGGUGGAUGAUUCGAACAUAAAUAGGAAGGGUCUGAGUGAGGACAUGCGCAGGGUGCUCGACGCGCUCGGAAGCGAGGAGGCGGCGAAGAUUGGAGAGCGAGGCGGAAGCAAAGACGCCGCCGCCGCUCGGGACGCGCUCGAGCUGGCAAAGAAGAAGGAGAAAGAGGAUAACGCGAGGCGUGGAAUAGAGAAUAAACCAGACCCGACGGAUAACAGUCACUUGCUUCGGGGACCGGCGUACGUCGCGCCGGUGGAUAACAUCACUUUCAAGCCCGGAUCGUCGACGUGGGACACGUCGGCGGGAUCCGGCGGCGCGACGUUGGAUCUGCGCACGGAGAAGGAAAAGGCGAAGAGACGCGCCGAGAUGGCGCCUUAUCUCGUAACUCUGAAGACCAGGGUGAACGAGAUGCGCACGACGGGUCACAGUGCGAUGGGAUUCACGUCUACCACGAUGGAGGCGCACACGAAGAAUCAUCGCGCCGAGGAAAUCGUGUGGUACAACCCGACGAAGAAGGGAUACGUGCGCUUGCACACGAAUCUCGGUGACUUGAACAUCGAGUUACACUGCGACCGUGCGCAUAGGACGUGCGAAAAUUUCAUCACGCUCGCGGAGAAGGGAUAUUACGACGGGUGCAAGUUUCAUAGAAGUAUUAAAAACUUCAUGCUUCAGGGCGGCGAUCCCACAGGCACCGGUCGCGGCGGUCACUGCAUCUGGGGCGAGCGCUUCGAUGACGAAAUCAAGGGAAACCCUUUUACGCACGACGACCGCGGCGUGUUAAGCAUGGCGAAUAGUGGGAAGAACACCAACGGGUCCCAGUUUUUCAUCACUUACAAGCCGUCGCCACACCUGAACGGUAAGCACACGGUUUUUGGCCGAGUCGUUGGCGGUUUGGAGACGUUGUCGAAAUGUGAAGCGGUAGAGACGGACGCGUCCGAUCGUCCGCUUAAAACGAUUCGGAUCGAACGCGUGACGGUGUUCACGAAUCCGUACGAGGAGCUACGCGAGGAGGACGAGAAGCGUGAGCACGAAGAGGCUGAGGCUGAGGCAAAGGACGCCGAGCGCGCUAGCGGCACGGGAGUCGGUAAGCGUGGGAGUUGGUGGAGUGAUCCAGCGUCGGCCAUCGCCAGCAACACGAGCGCGCGUCCCUUAGCCGUCGGGAAUGGCGUCGGUAAAUUCAUCCCCAAGCCCGCGAGCGCGCCAGUCGUCGCGCCGGCGGCGAAGAAGGCGAAACCUUUGAGAAGUGGAUUCGGAAACUUCGACGCGUGGUGA